AUGAAUACUUCCAAUGUACCCUGCCCUAUGACUUUUAACACUACUAAAUACUUUGCAGUCCCUCUGUACUCCAUAGUGUUGACUGCUGGCCUGCCUCUGAACAUUUUAUCACUUUUUGCCUUGGCAUCCCAGAUAAAGAGAUCGGUUGUCCUCUCGGUCUAUGUCUUGAAUCUGGUGUUAGCCAGUCUCUUGCAGACCUUAACUCUCCCUUUUUGGAUUGCCUACAUUUACCACGAUCACCGAUGGCGAUUGGGGCACGUGACCUGUGUGAUAGUUGCCAUGGUCUUCAUCACCAAUUUUUAUGCCAAGAAUAGCUUCCUGUGCCUCAUUGCCAUGGGACGCUACAUUGGUCUGGUUCACCCUCUGAAGUUCCUUGGACUGCACUCAAUGCGCGGCGCCUACAUCGUUAGCACUGCCACUUGGCUUCUGGUGGCUGCUGUGUGUGCUGUUGGCUUACGGCUACAGAUGAAUGGCUCACAUCGCCAGCAGGAGCGCUGUCUGGAUUGGUCUCAAUUAGGCACGGACUACGCACACUUCAAGAUGGCCACCCUGAGUCUCUCCUUCUUUACACCUUGCAUCCUUAUGGGAUUCUUCUAUUCUAAUGUCCUGAUUGUAAUGAGGAAGGUGGAAUCUCUGCGGCAGAGAGUGAAAAGGAAAGUAUAUGGCUUCAUCUUCCUCAUCAAUGUCUCCUUCUUUCUCCUCUGCAUUCCAUUUCAAGCAACCUCUUGGUAUGUAUAUUAUUGGGAACUGAUGCUGGAAGAGGAUGCGAUAUGUGACUUAGAGAGGAGCAGUUUCAUUUAUUCAUAUACAACCUGGUGUUUAACCACCCUAGAUAACAUCUUGAACCCCCUUCUUUACAUGCUGCUCCUCAAAGAUGCUUGGGCAGAGGUGAAAGAUCAGCUCUGCUACUGGGCUCACAGAACAAGAAGUGAAUAUGAGUUGAAAACACAAGAUCUUCCUCCACAUUCUACUACUGGCCAGACACAAGACCAACUUGAGGCAUAA